AUGUUCAGGUCUCUUUGCUCGCCGCAUCGGCCUCUCGCACAGCUUGGUGCUCUCCACCAACACAAGCCCAGAGCACUGUUAGCCAGUCGGUAUUUAAGUCUAUGGAACCCACCAAAAUUCGAGAAUGAGAAAAUGUUCGACUAUGCCAAGGGCUCCCCAGAGCGAGCCCAACUCACAGAAAGCAUCAAGAAGCUCAAAAGCUCGUUCCCUGUCAAGAUUCCCAUUCAAAUCAACGGCGCAGAAAUUACCAGCAAGCAAAUUCUCAAGCAGCAAAACCCAUCAAAUCACAAAGAAGUCGUGGCAGAAUACGCAACCGCCACGCCUGAGCAUGUCAAUGCAGCUAUAGACGCCGCUCUCAAGGCGAAGCCCGCUUGGGAAGCUCUUCCCUUUGAAGAUCGUGCGGCCAUUUUCCUUCGUGCAGCUGAAUUGGUAACUGGUAAAUAUCGCUCUGAUAUCGUCGCUGCAACCAUGCUGGGAAUGGGCAAGAACAUCUGGCAAGCUGAAAUCGAUGCCCCAGCUGAGACAGCAGACUUCUUCCGUCAUUAUAUCGACGAGGCGUGGAAGCUGUAUGCUCAACAGCCUAAAGUUCAGACCCCAGGCGUGUGGAACAAGAUGGAGUAUAGACCAUUGGAGGGAUUUGUAUAUGCGGUGUCACCUUUCAACUUCACAGCUCUUGGUGCCACGCUUGUCGGGCCAGCUGCGUUACUUGGAAAUGUUGUCAUCUGGAAGCCUUCUGACUCAGCCAUCCAUGCUAGUUGGCUUCUAUAUCAGAUCCUUCUUGAAGCCGGUCUUCCCAGGGAUGUCAUUCAGUUCUUGCCAGGCGAGCCCAAUGAGGUUACUGAUACAGUCCUGAAGAGACCUGAGUUCGGUGCUUUGACCUUCAUCGGCUCAACCAAGGUCUUCAAGGGAUUACAGAAGAAGAUCGGCAACGGUAUUGGGGAUGAGAUAUACAACUCGUAUCCCCGCGUUGUCGGAGAGACCGGCGGCAAGAACUGGGGCAUCGUUCACCCAACCGCAGAUGUGAAGAGUGCUGCUCUCAACACAGUUAGAGCUGCUUUUGAGUACCAGGGACAGAAGUGCUCUGCUAAUUCUCGAGUGUACGUCGCUGAGUCAGUAUGGCCUGAGUUUAAGAAGCACCUUCAAGAGCAGAUAUCUGCUUUGAAGGUUGGAGAUGUCGAGAACUACGAGAACUUCAUUAACCCGGUUAUUCAUGAAGCUUCGUUUGAUAAGCUUUACAAUAUUAUCGAAGAUGCUAAGAACGACAAAGAUCUGGAGCUUGUCGUUGGGGGUAAGGCUACCAAGGACGAGGGGUACUACGUCUACCCAACAGUCUAUCAGACCACCAAUCCCCGUCAUGAAAUCAUGACCCAGGAGCUGUUCGGCCCUAUCCUCGGCAUCUACGUCUUUCCCGAUAAUGAGUGGGAGGAGACUCUGAAGCUCCUUGACACAACGUCGAGAUACGCCCUGACAGGCAGCAUCUUUGCGAAGGACCCUUAUGUGCUACGCCAUGCUCAGAACGUUCUUAGGCACGCUGCUGGCAUGCUGUAUCUGAACACAAAGUGUACCGGUGCAGUGGUGGCUCAGCAACCGUUUGGCGGCUCUCGUGAUUCGGGUACUAAUGACAAAACUGGAACUAUGGCCCAUUUGCAGAGGUUUGUGAGCACGAGGACAAUCAAGGAGGAGUUUGUGCCGUUAGAGAAAGUUUUAUACCCUUCCAACGAGUGA